GAGAGCUAAGAGAGAGACCAGUAUCUUUGUCGAAAUAGAGUUCACCUCACGGCCAGAGUGUUUGUAGUCGGAGAGCUACAAAGAGUGGAAUAUUAAGAAAAAAUUGAAGAAAGUACUGUCGGAAAAUGGAGUAGAUAAAAAAAAACAAAAAUUGCGAGAUUUUUCAUUGACACGAAAAUAGUACGUGAAAUAAUUUCAUUUGCAAACGAGAUAAUAUUUUAAGCGGUCUAAAGGUGGCUGAGAACGUGAAAUUGAGCCUGAAAUACGUGACCGAUAAAUGGGGGAUAAAAUCGUGAGGAAACUACCCAAAUGAUCGAUCGAUUACCAUUCCAAUAGUUUGGGCUUGAUGUAAAUCUUUUUGGAGAUUGAAAAAAUAUUUUUUGAGUGGUGGAAAAAUAAAACGUGUCCAAAGUUCGGAAUUUUUUUUUUUUUAAGGCCCUACCAGGGAGGCUGGGAACGAAGCUAAUUUUUAGUACACUCACGUGACGAGACAACAGAAUGAAAAAAAUUAAAUUCCCUCCUCGUUAUUCGAUCUGUCCGGAGAUAACUGAAAAACACUUUUUUUGCUAAAUUCCACUCGUCCGAGCCACCUUAAGUGUGUCCCCGGCUAUUCGAAGCUUCGUGUUGCCUCAUUGGUUGUUUGGAAUACGAUUGAGAAAGACGACGAAAGUGCGAGUGAGAAAACUCCACAUUUUUCAAUCCCUUCUUGCGACGAGCCGGUUCUUCUGUUUUUGUUCUUAUAAACCCAACGUAAAACUCGUUUUUAAAGGAAAAUAAUGACGCACGACUCACCGUGAUGUUUGGAUUUUGCAAAAAAUUUUAAUUUUUAAUUUUUCAUUUUAAUGUUUAUAUUAUAAUUUUUAUUUUUUUAUUAGAAAAUGAAAGAUUUAUUGAUCCAAAUUUUCAAAGCAAUUUCCCGGAUCGAAAAUCAUUUUUUUUCUCUUCGUUAACUCAUUGGAUGACAGAAAAAAUUGGGAAAAACGAACUCGGUUUGUCUAGAAAGCUCAAUCUUUUGAAAAUCCGUAGCCAUCAGACCGUCAAGGAAUUACUAACAAUUGAUAUCUCAAUGAACAACAAUUAAAAAUUCAUCAGCGUUUCAUGGAAGCCAAAAUCGUUGGAGAACGUUUCGGGAUGAGAUUCUCGAGACUCUGUAUCGCGACAAGAUGAGCCGAAGGAGUUGAAAUGUGUUGAGUGCACGUGUGUGUGUCGAUGGUUAUACAUCGAGUGAAGAGGGAGUGAGAAAUCGUUCAUUCCCCCGUUCUCCGAGGCAGUAUUAAAAGCUGAGCUUUCGAGAUGUUGGAUUCCGUUGGAAGGGCUCUUUAAAAGCGCGAAUUCUAUAAAUAAAACACGAACUAUGUGGAAAACACACGUCGGUGGAAUUGAGUGAAAGAGGAGCGACGCUGCGGAGUGGGGAGUGGCAGGGUUGGUGGAAGGGUUAAAAAAGAUCGGAGGGGGAUCGAGCGUGAGAAAAGAGAUCGUGAGAGAAAGAGAGAAAGCGACGGGAGUGGGGUGAAAAAAAUGGUCGAACGUGUGGUAUGCAGUGGCGAAGAAGAAACGAAUUCGGCGAGGAAAAUUGCCAGUUGCAACGUUGAUCGUGAGGCGGGAGCUCACGAGGUCACCGGAAGGCUAGAAACCCAUGGAAAGUCCCGUGACCCCGAAGCGUUCAAGGCCAUCGAGUCGUUGAAGCGAGACAGAAGGGAGAGUCCGAUCGGUGGGGCGACGGGAAAAUUCUCGUUGUUCAAGUGGUUUAAACGGGGCUCGAGGGACUCGAACUCGUGGGAAAAUCGAGAUAAAAAUUCGGAUCGCUUAAAAUGUAAUCGGGAUAGUUCGGAUUUGGAAGAAAACGAAAUAGCGAGUGAGCUGUCGAGCAACGAAAGUGUUGAGACUCUUUACAGCACGGCGACUGUUAAAAGUUUUGCUUUCCGGAGCGGCACCGUCGGCAAAGAUCCGAAAUACCCUGGACGAGAACAUUUUCCUUACGAUUUUGGCAACACUACGACCCGCAGCGUCGGUCCUUUCGGCGUCGGCGCUUCGAAAAUCACGAGCAAACCAGAACUCAACAGAUUCGAUGUCACCAAAACACUUCCGGCCAAUGUUCUGUCCAAACGACGCGAUAUUACGGCCCGAUAUUCCCUCCAGUCGUGCAACGGCUCCUCCAGCGGAUUCGGCUCCUGCGACCACCUCGCCAGCCCCCGUAACGCCCUCCUAGACAAACGCAACGACCUCAAUGAUCGAGGAAGCGGGAGAGUUCACGUGAGAGGCAAAAGAAGAGCGCCGAACCCACCGAUCGAGCUUGCGAGGACGAAAAGAAACGAGGACGCUUUGAAACACCCGAUAAAUAGGGCGCGAGGGAAAAGGAGACCCGCGCCAAAACCACCGGAAGUGAAACCUGACCAGUUGAGGAUUUCGGAUAACUCGGUCAGUGCGGAAAAGCCCCUCGAUCCGAAUUCCCCGACGCAAAAACAUACGGAAACACCCGAAAACUCGUCGGCGAGUGCCGCUUUGACAGUUGACAAAGAAACCGGAAGUUAUACUCCCAAUCAACACACCCCGAGUUCGGACGAACGACUGAAGCGAAAAACGGAAAGUGUCCUCCAACCGGAUGUCAAAGAAUCCGAAAAAUCGAGGAGAACGAGACUCGAAGAAAUCCCAAUCGCGAGUGAAGUAACGCAAACACUCGAAGAAAACGAAUCGCCUGCUUCGAACCCCAGGAACUUAAAACUCAUUGAAAUUUCGGCGCAAGCUUCUCCGAGAACGUCGAACACCGUCGCCGAAAACAGAUCAACGUUUUCGGAUAGGAAAUUCGAGAUUAAAUUCGACGUCACAAGAGAGCAACGAGAGAGUUCGCCAAUUUCGACACCGGCCCGGACCAAAGACGACGUACGAGUUUUAAUUACGGAUGGUGAAAAUUCGGAAGUCUCGGAGGAAGCGAAAUCGAUAUUCGAUCUCCCAGGAUCGAUAAGCAACGACAGUCUCGUUCUUCGAGGCGGAGUUUUGCUUUCAAAGAGAGACAUUAACGCGCCACGGACUUCCGGAACGAGUUCGGAUGCUCCGGAGCUCAGAGUAAAUAUCGCUCGGUCAAAGGGACGAAUUUCGGUGACAACGGGUUCCCAAACGUCAAUGUCGGCGAUGCCACGACCUUGGUACAAGCGGAGUGUUUUCGAGCAUUCCCGAGACUCGGGAACGUCGAGGAGAAACGAUUUUUUGCGGAACACGAGCCAACCAGAAGCGCGGGAGGAGGGCGCUGCAAACGCAUCGAUCCCUGGGAAUUCGGUCAGCAAAUUACGUCACAUUGAGAAAAAUCAAGAUUGCGGAACACUCUCGAGGCUGAAUUUCUUUCAUCGAAGUGAAAAAUCUACGGAGGAACGUAAAAAGGAAAACAAAAGAAAAUCGGGUGUUUCGAUGCUCGCGAAUAUCAGCGAACUCGAUAAAGAAGCUGCGGCGAUCGUCCAGGAGGAACAAGCGCGAACGAGGGCGGCCUCGAUGCUUCUGCAAGCUUCCAAAUCGGAUGGUGAAAAAGUUCGGAACGAGACCGAAGACAUAGUCCAAGAAAUGGUCACUUCGGCCAUGGAAAGCUCUCCGAAAAGAGGCACUCGAGCUCUCAUUUCGAAGUUCAACGCGAUCGGCAACAUCACCAAAGUCACGGUGAACACGAGCUUCUUCGCGAGGCAACCGUACGCGAGGGACGCGAGGACCGAGAAGAAUGAAUUUCCGAAAAAUCCACGAGACAACGAAUGGCGGGAAAAAACGAGAUUCGAAAAGUCGGCUAAUGUUCGGACGGACAAAGAUUUGUCGAGGUAUUUUUUGCCCGCGGAAAAAGUGGCGAAGAACCGAAAAGUGGAGGGGAACGGGGAAAAAUCCAGCCAAGUAUUAACGAGCAACGACAUUUCGGCGCGUUUGUCAUUCUUCCAAAAUGUUUCGGCAAUGGACAGAAACGCGCAUCCAGAGAAUCGGGAAAUUUCGAUCGAAGCGAAAAUCGAUCGGCUCAACGAGCAGGUUUUAUCGAGGCGGGAAAGCAAUCGGGACUUUGAAAAUUCGCCGAAAUUUUCGAGACUUCGGAUCAACGGUUUGAACGAGGAAUCGGUCAAAUCGAGUCGGCAGAUGAGCGAGGAGAGUGGCAAAGCUAAUUGCGAAGUGCGCAAAGAUUUUUCGGACAUUUUCCGGGAAAUCGGAAUCGAAAGCCGCGGCAAAGUGUCCGAACAGGCAAGCUCCGCCGCGAGUCAAGUAAGCAAAGUUCUCGAUAUUCUUGUGGAAGCGGAAAAAAAUGAUCGGCGAAGAACGAGCACGGGAAUAAAAAAUUCAGAGGACCAAGAUAAAGAGGAAAAACCGAAAUUCCCGGUCACCGAAAAUCCUAUGAAAACGGAUUUGCGAGAAAUGCUUAAAGAAAUGAAGCACUCCUUGCCGAAGCGUCCGAAACCGAGCAAAACACGGGACCAGCAGCCGGCGCCGAAACCGGAAGAGAAAGCCGAAGAUAAAAAAUCGGCGAAGGAGAAAAAGAAAGAAUUUUUUUUAUCGGCUACCGAGAAACCGGCACUUUUGAGUCCGGUAACGGUCGUUUGUCCCCCGACGAUAAGAAACGCUCCGAUUUUUACGGAGCCGGCCAAGCCGGUUUGUCGGGAAACCGAAGACCGUGAACACGAUCGGCAAAAAGUUUCUUCGGCGGUUCAAACUUGCGGUAAUUUGCGUAAGAAAAUUUCGGCCCCACAGACUAAAAUCGGAUCGCCGAACAGUCCAAAAAAAGACGUCUCUCUUGGAGGAGCCAGCGGCAGUGGAAUCCCAGGCACUUCCGGUCUGACGAAAAAUCAUUUUCAGCUUAUACGGCCUCGGGAAUUCGCCCAAAUAGAGGCCAUAAAAACUAUGAAAAAUGGACCAUCCGAAAAUACCUACGCGAAUGUAAUCGAACAAUCUUUGUACGCGAACGCUCUGGUGCCACCUCGACACGAAAGUAACUCCGUCGCUCCUCGAAAUGGUGAAACCUCGAAACCUUUUCCUCGUGACAAAGCAUCCGAAAUUACAGGAGAAAUAAACGAAACGGAAACGAUCGGAUCUCAAGACUCACGGACAGUCGAGUCACAAAAUAUGAAUACCCUGGCCGUGAAUCGUUUACUGAGAAAAUUAGAGGCUGCAAUCGCCUCGGGACACCAUCAACAAGCAGCUGGCCUUGCAAAAGAACUCGCCAGACUAAAAAUUCACUGUUCCGUCGUGCGUCAACGACCCAAAACUAAAGAAAUCGUCAACGUCAAUAUGUACAUUGAGGACAAAUUAGCUCAUCAAGGGCCUAUACCACUUAGGCUGACACGGAGCAUGACAGUGGCACAAUUGAAGGCGAAAGUUUUCACCGAAUUCGAAAUUCCGACCCACGUGCAACGUUGGAUCGUGGGAAAAAAUUUGGCCGACGACGACUCGUCGAAGCUCGAGGACUUGCAGGCUGUCGAUGGCUCGCCUGUUUUCUUGUAUCUCGUUGCACCAGAAACAAAAAAUGAUGAAGCAGGAAUACAGGACGAAACUGUAACCCUGGCCGAAAAAAUUCCACCAGAAAAUGACGAACAUUUACAAACCAAGGAAGUUACGAAAUUUGUGGAAAUCGAGGAAUCACCAAAAGCUUUAUCGGAAUGUCAGACUAUCAACGAAGAGGAGGACGAAGAAAGCAUAUCGGAAGAAGUGAGAAUGGAGCGAUACGAGGCUCUCAUAUCUUUGGAGAAUUGUGACGUGAUACCAAAUUCAGAGCCGAUCGAGUGUCCCAUUUGUUUCGUGACGUACGGGCCUCAGGAAGGAGUUAUUUUGAGGGAUUGUUUGCACAUGUUUUGCAGGCCUUGCAUAGCAAAUACGAUUCGUUAUUGCGAGGAAGCUGAAGUCAAGUGUCCGUUCAGAGACACAGAAUACACGUGCGAGUCGACGCUUCAAGAACGCGAAAUAAAGUCUUUGGUCGAACCGGAAGUGUAUCAGCAGCACCUGGCGAAAUCGAUAACCCAAGCGGAAAACAACGCGGGCAACAAUGCAUUUCAUUGUAAAACGCCCGAUUGUCCUGGCUGGUGCAUCUACGACGACAACGUUAACAAUUUUUUGUGUCCCGUGUGCGGCGUCAACAAUUGUCUGACUUGUCAGGUGGUUCAUACAGGAAAAAACUGUCGUCAGUACCAGGAGGAAUUGAGACUCUCAAAGGAAACGGACCACGAAUCGAAAAGGACUGCAGCAAUGCUCGAGGAGAUGGUUGACCGGGGCGAAGCGCUUCCGUGUCCAACUUGCGCGGUUGUCCUCAUGAAAAAAUGGGGUUGCGACUGGCUUCGUUGUUCCAUGUGCAAAACGGAAAUCUGUUGGGUCACGAGGGGUCCUCGUUGGGGUCCGGGAGGAAAAGGUGACACAUCAGGAGGUUGCCGGUGCGGCGAGAAGGGCGUGAAGUGUCACCCACGCUGCAAUUAUUGUCACUGAAUCGAUGGAGUCCUCAAAUUUUCAACGAAAAAAGGGCAAAAAACUCGAAUUAAAUAACAAAAUCACAAACAAAAAUGAAAACACAGACAACGAAAGUGUCUUUUCGUGUUAUUUUUUUCUUUUUGUACCACAAAAACCUCGCAACAUUUGUAACUUGAAAUAAAUUAUAUCUACGUAAAAUUGA